CUGCCUUAAUAUAUGUAAUAAUAUAUUUCUGCCCUCCCAUUCAUAGCCUGGACUUGACGAGCCCAUCCCAUUGGAAGUGGCGCUAAUGAUGCUCGUCAGCCAUGAGUCAUCUUGUGCCAACGUGCUGAAGCUCCUGGACUGGUUCAGUGGCCCAGAAGAUUACAUUAUGAUCCUGGAAAGGCCGGAUCCAUGCCAGGAUCUGUACGAAUUCUGCUAUAGCAAAGGGGGCUACCUCUCAGAAGAUGUUGCAAGGCACGUGCUGAUGCAGGUGCUUCAGGCUUUGCGUCACUGCCAGGACUCAGGCGUCUUCCAUCGCGACCUCAAAACAGAGAAUCUGUUAAUCAGGACGGACACUUUGGAGGUUAAACUAAUUGAUUUUGGCUGUGGAGACAAAUGGAAAGACACCCCCUAUGUGGAAUAUUCAGGAACAGAGGACUUUGCUCCCCCAGAGUUGUUCCUGAGUGGGGAGUAUCUAGCUGGCCCCACCACGGUCUGGUCUGUAGGUGUCACACUUUACGAGCUAGUGUGCGGUUACUUGCCCUUCCGCAACAAGAGGGCAAUCAUCUCAGGCUGCCUGAUAUUCCCCUCAUGGGUCUCUCCUGACUGCUGCAGUCUGAUUCGCCAGUGCCUGAGGCGUAAGGUGGCGGAUAGGCUGACAUUGGAGGAGAUUCAGGUCCAUCCAUGGCUGCAGCAGACGUGA